AUGCCUUUGCAGUCUCUCGACACCGGCUGGGACUUUAGCUCCGUUAUCGAUCUGAUCGACUCGGGCGCCCAUGACACCAGCUCCCCGGCACUUCGGCCUGCGGCACCAGCCGAGACUUCCGCAUCGCAAGACGGAGGAGUACGGCUAGGAAGCUUCUCCAAGCUGUUCGAGAGCCUUGGCUUUACGGAUGACGCUCCAGCUCCACUACCACCACUCGACCCCGACUCCGAACUGAGUAACUCGGACGAUGUCUUACUGCCGUCUCCAGUCCUCCAGCCUCCGCGUACCCCUGCCAAGCAUGAACCGGAGGUGGAAGAACAGGCAACCAACAACACGGGUUUGACAAAGACUCAGCGCAAGAAGGCCCGCAGACGCGCCGAGAAAGAAAUAGAAGCAGAAUUAGCUCGCCAACGGGUUAUACAAGAGACUUUGGAUCAGCUUGCGGAGGAUCGGGAGCAGAUAGACCGCCAAGCGCAACGCGCUUCAAUGCGGAAGCAGCUGAGCGAGCUUGUCAACACCCCAAAGACAGACAUCGAUGCGCCAGAAACACCAUGCAAGACAUCCCGAGCACAUUCACGAUCCAACGUAGGCGCAAAACUCAAGCCCACGACUCCUAGUCUGGCGCUAGAAUCAGACUCGACCGAUGCUUAUCGUGAUCAGCCGCAGCAUCCCAAGACGACCGACGCUCGUAUAAGCAUACUGAAGCGACCUUGUGCACUGCAAGUUGAGGCUCUGCAACCCAAGACACCUACAGCUCGCCCGAGCAUACUGAAGCGACCUUCCGCACCACAGCCCGAGACUCCUCAGCAACCCCAGAAAGUGCCCGUUGUCGUCCCAUCUACUGCUCCAGCACCAAACCACCCCCAGUACACGACAUUUGGCACUCUAGCACCGCCUCAAUACGUACUGGCCGAACUGCAACAGCCGGUUCAGUAUACUACACCAAUACACCAUGGACUUGUGCCGCGAACUGUUCGACCUGUUACUUUACCCAGGACCGUUUCUCAGCCUGCACUGGCUGUACAGCUACCUACUACACUAACUCCGAAUGUUGUUUCAUUUAGCGGAAGGCGACCACCAGUCACGAUUAGAUCUCAAGUAGACCGUCAUUUCAAUUUGCUUCACAAGCUGUUGAACACGUUCCCUGAGGAUCGAAAGUGGUUGCUGGCGCCGAUGCAGCUCCUCAACGAGCGAUCGUCUAGUCAUGGGCUGCAUGUAUUCGUUGACGCCUCUAAUAUCAUAAUUGGCCUCAAAGAUAUGCUUCGGUACCAUGGGCUGCAGCACAACUCUUAUGACAUGUCUUUUGACAGCCUUGCGUUGUUGAUGGAGCGGCGUCGACCUGUUGCAAAGCGGUUCUUUGCUGGCUCACACCGCGAAGCUAACCCCCUUCCACAUGUAGCGAAGCUUGUUGAGACAUCGAAAGCAGUCGGUUACGACAGUGUUAUGCAAGAGCAAGUGCUGAUUGUCCGCGAAGAUUCAGAGAAGAAGAAAUUCUUCAACGACGUCAAGAAGAUGGGCUGGCACAGAGCUACUCAAUUACGCAGCGGCAGCGGCAGCGACUCUGAAACGGGAGCGCCGACUCCGAAGACACCAUCAGCCCCGAAAUGGGUUGAGCAAGGUGUUGACGAGAUUCUUCACUUGAAGAUGUGCCAAAGCAUUAUUGAUUGCGAAGUGCCCAGCACCAUGGUAUUGGCAACGGGCGAUGGAGCGGUGGCGGAAAUGUCGGAUGGCUUCCUUGCACAUGUUGAGCGUGCGUUGAAGCGGGGCUGGAAAGUCGAACUGAUCAGCUGGGGACAGCAGAUCAAUAGCGGAUACAGGAAGAGGCAGUUCAGAGCCAAAUGGGCGGAACAGUUCACGAUUAUCGGACUGGAUCAAUUCCUGGAAGAUCUCAUUGACACGCCAUAGGAUGAUGGAUAUGCAUGGCUGAAUGUAUCGAAUGAAGAUAUGCGGUGUGGACGUUAGUGCUUAGUGUGAUGUGAAGCAUGCAUGAAGAAGUUUUGUUCGCUUCCACAAGUUAUGUUUGUUUGGACUUGAUAACGGCAUUUAGCCGGGCAUGGGUGGUGAGCAGUACGGUAGUCAGAGAAUUGUUUGCAGGCCAAGUUUUAGAAAGUCGGCAUCAGAAGACGAAGAAUAUCAUGCGUUGUUG